AAGGAACUUCAGGAGGAGGAGCUAAAUGAGGAAGCACCAAACAGCCAGAUCCAUGGAAUUGAUGUUUCUAAUGCUGGAGAUGUUGGAAUCUUAUAUGUUGAUAUGCUGAAAUGUAAAACUGAUUUAAAUUACAGGACUGAUUACACCAAUUUUCGGUUCCUGCUUUGGAAAGCAAUGUCACUGUUUCCUGACCGGGUGGAGCCGAGGUCAAGGGAACUUUCCCCUCUCCUGCUCAGGUUCAUAAGCAAUGAAUAUUAUCCAGCAGACUUUCUAGUAGCCCCCUCCCAGGAUCUUCGCAAGAAAGGCAAAGACAAUGCAAAGAGUGGAGUUGAGGCAAAAAGUGGAGCUGAAGAAAGUGUCACUCUAGAAGAGGAUGCAGUUAUGGAAGAGGAAGACAAUGCAGAGUCUGACGAACCCUACAAUACAGGGUUGCAAACAAAGAAAACAAGAAGAGCUGCCUCAAAACAGCUCAUUGAACACCUGAAAGUAUUUUCAAAGUUUUCCAAUCCACGUGCUUUGUUCUUGGAGCCCAAGUUACAUGACCUCUAUACUCAGUUAUUGUGUCAUCAAGAUCAGAAUGUACAGAAAGUUGCACUGGAUUGUGUGCUGAGCUACAAACACCCCCAUAUACUUCCCUAUAAGGAAAAUUUACAACGGCUUCUGGAAGACAAAAGCUUUAAGGAGGAAAUUGUAAAUUUCAGUAUUUCAGAAGAGAAUGCAAUAGUAAAGCCAAUGCACAGAAGUGAUCUAAUUCCUGUGCUUUUGAGAAUAUUGUAUGGCCGCAUGAGAAGCAAAACUGGCAGUAAAACACAAGGCAGGUCAGCUGCA